AUGAAAUUUACAAGUACUGACAACAUAGAAGUGGAUAGACAAGACCAAUAGAAAAUAAACUCUUUUAGCAGAUUUAAUAUGCAGUACCAUGAACUUAUUCGAUUGAAUUAAGCGUAUAGAAUAAUAAAAAUAGUGGUGUAGUCGAAAAGAUGAAUUAACACGUUUGUCAGAUAGUAAAGAUGAAAUGGAAUUAAUGGAUGAUGACGAGAAGAUUCCAUUCAAAUUUGGUGAUUCUUUCAUUCGAGUAAGCGUUGAUAAGGUAAAGAACUUCACUAUAUAAAAAGGCAAGAAUAUUGAUUGAUGAAUAAGUAGCAAAUAUUAAGAAAUAAUUUGAAGAAGACACCAAGAAAAUAGAAGAAACACUUAAAUAGAUGAAAAAUUUGAAAGCUAAGUUGUAUGCCAAAUUUGGUAGUCAAAUUAAUUUGGAUGAUGAAUGAUCAUCUAAUAAAAUAUAUAAAUUUAAAUU